UUGUAUGAAUAUGGUAUGGCAACGGUAGGGUAGCGCUGGUGAUGAACUAUGGCUUAUUUGUUAUGAUUUACAAUAAAUUAUUUUCUCAUUUGUAUUAAAUAUUUGCUUUUUUUUUCCGUGUCACGAAAGACCCCAAAUCUAACUAAUGUCAUGUCGCCUCUGUGAAUUAUGAUUAUUGUUGCACCAGCAAUGGCUACCCCAUUAACGACCGAUGAAGAAUUGGCUGUUCAGCAAUUUAUAACUGUUGUAAAUGAAUUGCGCCGUAGUCAAAAUGUAGGACCAUUAUCAUGGAGUACGGCUGUGAAAUUUAUGAUGGCUCGAAAAUUUGAUACUCAUAGAGCUCUGCAGCUUUAUGAAGCACAUGAGAUAAUACGAAGAAAAGAAGGCCUGAUUAGAUUUGAUCCAAACUGUGAUCCAUUGAAAUCUGAGCUUGAAACUGGAAAAUUCACUAUUUUGCCUACCAGAGAUUCAGGAGGUGCUGCAUUAGCUCUUUUUAGUGCUAGCAAACAUAACCCAUUUUUAACUUCACAUAAUGUCACACUUCAAGGUGUUGUUUACCAAUUAGAUGUGGCAUUAGAAAGCUUUCAGACUCAGAGAUGUGGGAUUGUUUUUAUUUAUAAUAUGAAUGAUUCAAAAUAUUCCAAUUUCGACUAUGAACUGAGUCAAAAAAUGUUGACAUUGUUAAAGGGUGGAUAUCCUGCAAGAUUAAAAAAAGUUUUGAUUGUAACAGCACCUUUAUGGUUUAAAGCUCCAUUCAAAAUUUUAAGGUUAUUUGUGAGAGAAAAGCUAAGGGAUAGAGUAUACAUGGUAAAUGUUCCCCAACUGUCCCUACAUGUGCCAUUACCUUCUUUGCCUCAAGAAUUAGGUGGAAAUUUACAAAUUGACCAUCAAGCUUGGCUGUUGCAUUGCUUGAAGUCCAUGGCCAACCGUUGUGGAGAUUUGUUUGACCUGGUCUCCGCUCCCACUUCUCCAACAGCUGCACUUGGUUCUUUUUCCCCUUUAAUGGUAUGUAACAAUGGCCUUGUCGUAAACCACUUCCAGUUUGCUAGUAGUGAGGGUGAAACAGAUGAAUCCAGUGAACAUCAAAAUUCUGUACAUGAGAAGCAGAAUUCUGAAGACAGAGAAAAAGAAGUAGAGGUGAUAAAAGAAAUUUCCCUCACUGUUCAAGACAAGCCUGUUCCAUCAUGCUCACCUUUACAGGAGAGUGUGCCAACUGAGGAAAAGUCAUCUAGUACUCCGACUUCUUCAUUGUCAGAGGACUCUUUACAUAGUGACCUUAAUAGUGGUAUGACGAUUGAGGAGUUCAUUGAGCAUCUACAGAAGAAAGGAAGGAGAGGUCUACAUGAGGAAUAUGCUGAAAUUAAAUCUAAGAGCUCUGAUGGAACAUUUGAAUCUUCAAGGUUAAAAUCCAAUCAAUCUAAAAAUAGGUAUUCUGAUGUGCUGUGUUAUGAUCAUUCACGUGUAAAAAUAACAUGUGUUGAUUCUGAUCCCUGCUCAGAUUACUUGAAUGCUAAUUUUGUUGAUGGAUUUUGCCAAAAAAAUGCAUUUAUUUCUACGCAAGGACCUUUGCCUAAGACUUUUCCCGAUUUCUGGCGUAUGGUAUGGGAGUUUCAAGUUGGUGUUAUUGUUAUGACUACUCGUACUAUUGAGAGAAGCCGGGCAAAAUGUGGCCAGUAUUGGCCAAGAGAAGAAGAAACAAGUGAAGAUUAUGGAUCUUAUAGAGUUUAUAAUGAAGCUGUUGAACAUUUCAGUGAUUACACUAUUACUAAUUUGAUAAUUACUGAUACCACGUCUAAUUUAUUUCGUAAAGCUUACCACAUGCAGUUUACCAGCUGGCCUGAUUAUGGUGUUCCUCAUUCAGCUCUUGCUAUGCUUGGGUUUCGGGAGAAAGUGAGAGACAAACAGAAAGACCAUGUGACUAGUAUGGGUGAUAAAUGGAAUGGUCAUCCAAAUGGUCCACCUAUUGUAGUACAUUGCAGUGCAGGAAUUGGUCGUACAGGUACAUUCAUUACGUUAGAUAUCAGUAUUUGUCGUUUAGAAGCGACAGGCCUUAUCGAUGUACGCACAACAGUUGAGAAAAUUCGUUCACAGAGAGCACACAGCAUACAGAUGCCUGAUCAAUAUGUUUUCUGCCAUCUAGCUCUACUGGAGUAUGCUCUUAGUCGUGGGCUUUUGCAAGAUGUUGAUUUAACAGGCUUUAAUGACAGUGAUUCUGAAUCAGAAUAAAGGAAACUGUGUAUGGUGUCAAAACUCAUAAAUGUUUUUCAUAAUGCCGUGGCCAGUGAUUAAACUGCCAAGUUUCUGUAUGAAAGUUAUUUAUUGCUUACAGUUGCCAAAAAUGCUUAUAUAAAUUUGUUUUCAUUUUGUAUAGUAUGUUAUAAUUGAUUUAUGGGCUAAUUUUUUUUAUCAUGUUUUUAUUAUUCAUUUGUAUUGGAGGCCUUUAUAUGCUGUGCAUAGAUUUCUAGUUAUGUGAAAAAUAAUAUUGUUAAAAUUUAUAGAAAGCAAAUAUGUUUCAAAUUUUAAUUAAAAAUUGGUUUUCAAAUUAAUAUUAACUAGUCAACAUUAUUACAUCAUAUCAAUGAAUAAUAUAAUUUGCAUAUGGUUACUUUAGAUAUUAUUUCUUAAAAUAUGGCAUGUAAGAAUAGAGAUGACAAUUAAUAAAGUUCAAAGCUUACAUGAUUGUAAAGAUUUUGGAAAUAUUAGGCUUGUAUCUAUUAAAAAGUGUAACAAUUUAUUUUCAUGCAUUUGUUUUUCUGUUUUAAUACAUUUUAGUUUUAAACUUUUUUAUAAUUUUUACAAUUUAUAUUCAAGAAAAUUAAUUCUGAAUGCAAGCUGCCAGUUCCUUAAUCCAUUAAUGUCCAGCAUCCUAUUUAUAGGGUAGUUACAUUUUGCUUUCAUAAUUUAAUCAAUCAGAUUUUAUUGCUUCUUUUUUUUUUAUUCAUCUAAUAUGUCGAUAUAUAUUCUCAAAUCCUUUAAUAUAUUUUAAUUAAAGUAUACCACCCAUUAGUCGAAUUUUGGAAUUCAGAUUGUCAGUAUUAUUUCUAAUGAUUUAUUUUGUAGGUAAUGCAAAUUUGAAAGAAAUUUUUAUUUUUUGAUAUUUUACUAUAAUUAAAGUGUUUUUAUAUAUCUAUAAUAGAUUUUUUAAAUUAAUAGUUAACAAAUUUUAGUUUUUUUUUUUUUUUUUAAAUUUUAUCUGUACUUAUUUUGGCGUUUUUUUUUUAAAAAUUAAUUUGAAAGAAAUUUAUUAUUGGUUUAAAACCUAUGCUUAAAAUUAAUUUGGAAUUAAUGAUGAUGAUUAAUUAAUGGGUGAGGAGGGGGGAUCCUCCUCCCCUAAAAAAAACCUCCACCAAUUAUGUAACUUUUGUCAGUUUUCAACUUUGAAAAGAAAUGUUAAUUUUUUUUUAAUGAGUACUUGUUAUUAUCUUUUAAUUUGCCAUAAAUAUUAUCUCUAUAUUUCAUUUGUUUUGACUGUGAUAGUACAAUUGGGACUAAACAUAAUUUAAAUGCCGUAAUCUUUUUAUUUGGCCCAUUUUUGUAAGUCAGAAACCUUUCUUUAAUAACUUCUUAUUAGAUAAAUUAUUUAUAACAGCAAAAAUAAUUUUAAAAACUAAAUGAUAAGUAAACUUUUUCAUUUCAGUUAUUAUAGCUACUAUAAAAUAAGAAAUUGCAAAAAUAUAAUGGUAAGCAAAUCUCCAACAAAAUUUGAACAAUUAGAAUUGGGAGAUUUAAUUCUGUUGAUUCGAGCAGAUCUGUUUCUUUUUGAAACUAGCUGCAAUACUCACCAUGUAUUUAAGUUGGUUAUAUUCUAAUCUUUAAUGGCAAUGAAAUCGAUAUAUAUUCUCCAAUAAAGAAAAAAAAAAACUAAAUUCAUAUCUUUAAUACAUUGAUUAUCAAAUGAGAUUAUCUUUCAUAUUUAUGAGACUAAUUGUUUCAUACAUUGCAGAGUCUUACAAUAUUUUUCUUUUAUAUAGCGUAUUUUUAGUUACAGAAGUAUAAUUUUUAAAAAAUCAGAUUCUUUGGUAUCUUUAUAUUAUUAGGGAUCAAAUUCAGUAAUAUUAAAAGAAUUUCCGAAACGUCUGGUACAGAAUGACCAAAUCUGGUCCUUGUACCAUAAAAUCAAACCAAAAGAAUUUUUUAAUUUUUUUUAGUAAGUAACCAUAAUUUAUUGUUUUUAAUCAUUAUUAUGUUUAUUGUAUUUAACUGUUAACUAAUUAAUCCAUUUAAUUAGGUAACAGUUAAAUACAAUUGCUAACUUAUUAAUAUAUAUAUAUAUACUAGAUUAAAUAUUAAUGUCUAUAAUUAAAUUAAAAUUAGCAAUUGUUUAUUAUUUUAAUUGUAAUCAUAUCUUGAAUUCGGGUAAAUUUCUGUGUAGACGAUUAUAAAGUCUAAAUUAAUUAUUGAAAUGCAUAAAGUUAGCCAUUUAUUUAAUCAGUAAUAAGCAAAAAAUCUUGCCAUUAUAUUUGAAUAGACCCAGAUUUACAUUUGUGCAAAUUGGAUACCUUUUUAAUUAAGUUUUUAUAAAGUCAUAUCUCUUUAAAUGUUUGGUGAAAGAUUACUGAAUCUCAUUUUUAUAUUUUUCAAUUAAAUAUGAUCAUGAACAACUUAAUUUUUUUUCUAUACGUAGAAUUUGCUAUUAAUUUGAAUUUUAAAUCUGUUAUGUGCACUGUCAUUAAAGCUAUUUUACAUUUCCAAUUUCAUCAGAGUUUGAAUCUCUGUUUGAAGGAGGAAAAAAAUGUAAUGUGAUCGAGUUUUUACCUUUUAUUAUUGUUGCCUUAGAACUUUUUUUACCUACAGCUAGCUGUUUAAUGUUGUCAGAAUUUUAUUUUUUUAAUUUUAUGCAUAUUUGAGAUAAUAUUUGUUGUAAAUUAAAUGCAAACUUUUUAUUGUUUUCAAAUGUUUAUAAAUAAUUUUCUUUCUUUUUAUAUUCUUUUAAAUUGAUAUUUUAUAUUUCAUUUAAAUUUCUUUUUCAUUUCAUUUGAACAGUAUCCAGUUUGAAUUCUUAAAAACCCUUAGUUAGUGAACUCUAUUUUCCUUAAUUUAAUUUUCAAAAAAAAUUAUUUUAAUCAUUAGUUAUUGUUUCUGAUUUAAUAAAAAGUAUUAUUCAAAUUCCUAAAGGAGAAUGUAGUUUUUACUUUUGUAUAUAUAUGUAAUUGAUACUUCCAUCUGAAGUGUUCUGUGGUAAAUGUGUUCUCUAAUUCAAUGUUAUGUGUAUUAAACUAUAUAUUGUAUUGUAGAUUGUACAAAUAUUUAUUCCAAAUAUAAAAGAAUGUAUUCAGUAGUAUUUUUCUAUUGCACACAGUUAAAUGUUAUUCUCUGUCGUUUCUUGUAUAAAUAAAUAUAUAUAUAUAUAUAAAUGUAUGUGAUUUUGUUGUAGUAUUUGGCAUAUUUUGUAGUUAAUGUAAGCAUAUGUAUUCUAUACAUUGCUGUUAAAAAUAUAUUGGUUAUUUUAAUCUAAUUUUUAUUGCUGCAGAGGUGUUCAUAUUAGAUAGAACAUAAUGAUGCCCUUUUAGAUUGUAUUUAAAAUGAGUGAAUAUUUAAUUGCUGAGAAAUAAUAUAUGUUAUGCAUAUUCAAACUGUUUUUUGUUUUUUUAAUUUGUAUAUUCUAUGAAAUGUGCUGUUACUAAAUCACUAUUGACAAAAUAAUAAUAAUAGUUAAUUGAAAAAUGAUUUUAAGUUGCCUGUUUUCAUAAUAAAUUACUAAAAUUGACUUUAUUUUCAUAUUAAAGGAUAUUUCUAAAGCUAUACUAUGAUUCAAAAAAGAAGAGUAUAUGAACUUCAGACUUAUUAAUAUGAAGGAAAAAAUCAAUAGAGAAAACAUAUCAACUACACUUUUUGAUGUUAUUAAAUAUUGUUAACAGCUUCUGAUAUUAUAAAUAAAACAUUUAUCAUAAUAAUCAUUAGAUAUUAUCGAAAUUUUUUUUAAUUUCUGAAAUAUCUUUAUAAAUAACAUAUUUUUCCUACAAAAAUAUUCAUAGUUGAUUAAAUUUAAACUAAAAACAUUUUAAACAAAAGGCAUAUCUUGGAUUGAAAAGAGACUUUUAAAAUCAUCUCAUGUAUUUAUAUUCAUAACAAAACUAAGAUAUAUUUUUAUAAGUAAGUAAAAAAAUUCACAAAUUAAAUUCUUAUUUUAUAUUUUAAAAUGCAUUGUGAUGUGUUGUUUCUGUUUGGAAAUUAAGUCAUAGCAGUCAUACUAUAAAAUGAAUUAAUAGCACAAAGUUUCAUGCAAUAAGAAUCAUUUUAUUAUUUUUCGGCUGAUGAUUUAAUGCAAUUUCUGUCUCUUAUCUUUUAAAAUGUGUAUGUGUACCUUUUGAAAUUUCUAAGGUAAUACUAAUGAUUAAUUUAUUUUAGUUUCCUUAUUAAAAAGAUUUUAUUAAAUGAUUUGCUUAGUUUAAUAGAAUAUGUGCUCACUGCUAGUAAUUUCAUGUGACUUUCUGCAUCUGAAUAUGGAAGUGCACCCAUGAGUAAGCAUGGAGAUACUGCCAUCUGUGGUCAAAAUUUUCACUGAUAGUUUUCAUGCAGUAUUUUUGACAUAUUUUCUUCCAUGAGAGCCUUGUGCCCAGAAUAUUUGAGCUUUUAAUAACCAUUUUGCAAAUUUAAAAUAAUAGUCUUUGAGAUGUAUGUUAAUUUAGUAAUAGAUUUUGUUGUAAAUUGAAUCCUGAUUGAAUUGAUUUUAAACUAUAUUUUUUUGUAUUUUUAAUAUGCUUGUAUUCAUUUUACCCAUUCUAGUAUCAUGAAAGUUAUACAAUGACUUUUAUGUAUAUGGCGAUAUUUUAUUGGGUAAUAACUGAUAAUAAUAGACAGAAAAGUCUGUUUUGGUGAUGAUUGAUUUAAAUAUAUUAAGAUCAGUACUAUUUAAUCAUGAAUAAGACUUAAUUCACUUUUAUUCUUAUAUUCUUGUUUACAAAAAAAUGGGUGCACCUUAAAUCAAACAGCAUUAAAAGAUGCUAAGAUUAUGGUGUCUGCUUUCAUAUUUUAUUGGAAUCAGUUUCUCACUAACUUUUAAGUAAAAUGUUAUGAAUUUUUAUGCUAAGUGAAUUACAGAAAUACUGCUAUUGCACUUUGGUUGCUUUUGAAAGCAAUAUCUACCUGAAAUAAAGCAUAUUGUCUAUUUGCUUGAA